GGAAAGGAGGCGGAUGAAGAGGAGGAGGGAAAGAAGGAAGAGGAGGAGGAAAAGAAGAAGGAGGAGGUGGGAAAGAAGGAGGACGCAAAGGAGGGAAAGAAGGAGGACUCCAGCUUCGCGGACGGUCCAUGCACUCCAGCGUCCCCUCAAGGCCGAGUGGGUCGAGCGGCCGGGAGGUCAGUGCGGGUUCGAUCGUGCGAGCGCGAAGAAAAGCGGGAAUGGGCUUUUGGGAGCCAGUUAAUCUGGAAAACCGUCUCAACACCGGUCGUGCGUCUCCUUCAGGGCAGAACUCCCAACGGCAGCCAGUUCAUCAUUACGACAGCGGCGACCCCCUGGCUCGACGGCCGUCACGUCGUCUUCGGAAAGGUCGUGGAGGGAAUGGAGGUGGUGCGCAUGGUCGAGAAUUUGAAGACCGACAGCAAUGACCGGCCCCUCAAACCGGUCGUCAUCCGGGAUUCCGGGGAGCUCCCGCUCAUAAAGACCCGCCACCUCUCUGACGAUCCUUACCAGAGAGAUCCUCCACUGCGGAUUCAGUACUCCCCUCCCCUCUCCCCCUUUCGCUUCCAGCAGCGAGCACCUCCGCACCGUAGCCUGUGGGUGUGGGCAAGGAUGGCGGCCGUGCCUCUGGCUUUCUCAAUGUUCAUUGUUGGGAUCUUUCAGUACUUCCUUUAUCAGAUGAGGGAGAAGAAAAUUCAAUUAACUCAUCAUGCUUACCGAGAGCUUCACGCGUACGACGGGGUGUAA